AUGUUACAACGCUUGCAGCCCUUACGCAACAGCGGACUGUUCCACAACCUCCCCCAGUUUGGACCUGACGUUGGUGGAUUGACUGCCAUUGUGUGCGGUGCCAAUGGCAUCUCGGGAUUUCACGCCUUGAGGUCUUUGCUCGACACACCUCGCUGGUCACGCAUCUUCCUCGUUUCGAGGUCUCCUCUUUGUGAAGGGGCUAAGUCAUUCUUUACGAACGAACAACUCUCCCGAGUCACCCAUGUGCCAGUUGAUCUGUCGUCUCCUGCCGAAUCCAUUGCGGAGAGUUUGCAGCAAGCUCAGUUAAAGGCAGAGUAUCUAUUUUAUUAUGCCUAUGUUCAACCGAAAUCGGUGCUGGAUCCCAUGAGCCCUGAAGCGGCCAAGGCCCUAAUCAAAACCAAUGUACCAAUGUCCCAGAACCUCCUCGAUGCCAUGUCUCUCGCCGGCAUAGUGCCCAAGCGGAUUCUGCUGCAGACAGGUGGAAAGAACUAUGGCAUGCACCUAGGCAGGUUCCCUGGCACCGCUUGGAACGUAGUGCGACCAUUUGGGAUCAUUGGUGCGUCUCCCAACUCGCUUCUCAACAUGUUCGUGUCCUUUGCCAUCUACGCUGCUGUCCAGGCGAAUGAAGGUCAACCGAUUGAGUUUGGCGGUGAUUUGACCGCUUGGCAGUUCGAGGCAAUGCAUUCAACGGCUCGUCUGACAGGCUACCUGAGCGAGUGGGCGGUGUUAGAACCUGAUUGUGCCAAUGAAGCCUUCAACGCAGUGGGCGGAGCUACUCUGAGCUGGGACAGAUUCUUCAGCGCUCUGGUGCAGUGGUGGGGAGUCUUGAAGGGUGUGCUUGGGCCGAGGAUGGAUGAUCACCAGUAUAGCAAGGUCAUGUCAUUGGGUGGCGAUUUUAAGAAUCCACUGGGCUACGGCCCGCCACAAGAGAUGAAGAGACGAUUCACGCUUCAAGAAUGGGCCGAGGGUGAGGUCAACCGAAGAACGUGGAAAAGCUUGAUGGAAAGUGGCGACUUUGCAUACCUAUCGUUUGGCACUGCAUCUCUAGCCAAGACAAGGAAGUUUGGAUUCAAUGGUUUUGUUAAUCCUUUGGAAAGCGUACCCGAGAUGUAUUUGGAGUCCCAGAAGUUGGGCAUGUUGCCCAAGAUGGCUGCCCAGACGUCCAUGAUCUAA